AUGGUGAUCAAUCGUUAUUCAAGAAAAGAUAUGAAGAGAAGAGGAAGCAAAAGAACUAACAAAGAAAAUUUUUGUUCUUCCAUUCAAUCACUUCCCAAUGAGUUACUUACUGAUAUUGUUGCAAGGGUUGCUUCUCGUUCUUUCAAGAAUUUUAUCAACGUCAAGCUAAGUUGCAAGGCUUUUAAUGAACUCGCCAAUGAAAGAUACGUAUAUCAAAAGGCAACGCUGGUAGACUUUCCUAUUGCACCAUGGCAAAAGCAGACGCAAGAGAAGAUUAAUAAAGUUAAUUCUUUGAUGGAGCUAUGUAGAGAAUGUGGAAACACAGAUGCCUUAUACAGAAAAGGCGUGGUGGAUUAUUUUAAAGACGAUGAGCCGGAAGUUGCAGUGGAAUUUCUGAAGCGAGCAGCAAAAGGAGGCCAUGUUGGAGCACGGUAUGUGAUGGGCAUAAUUAUGGUGUUUAUGGGUGGUGAAUACAAGCGAAAAGGGGUGAUGUUGAUUUGCAACAUGAAAGAGACAGAGAGGAAACUGACAAGGGCGUGUCGAAAGAGUUUGAUAGAGAUAUUGAGAGAGAUUUGGGUGACUAAUCCUUCAGUUUUGGAACAAAGACCCACUGGUUGCACCAUGCAACAUCGACGCCGCAUUCGCAAGAAUGUCUGGUCUAGUGACAGUGAGGAUGAAGAUGAUGAACACGACGAUUUUCAUUGUAAUGCUUGUAGCUGUGAUGUUGAAAUUGCUCAUAUAUGGCGAUGUAUGAGGAAAUUCUAUAGGCAUUUCGACAUGAUUUAG